AUGGAUUUCAUAUUCAUCUUAGCUACCAUAAUUCUAGCAUUAGCACCAGGGACUCAAGCUCUCCCUGGUUGGCUUACACCUCCAGCCGACGGAGUGCUUGGGGAAUAUGACCCCCAUCAGUAUGACGCUUAUGGUGCCCAGGUUGUUCCAGUAUAUGGCCACUACAGUUAUGGUGGCUAUGGACCCCAACCUACCAUCUCUAAAAAUGAAAUCACUCCUGUCUCAAGCGCAGCUGGAAGAGCAACAUCCUCUUCUGAUCCUGAUGCGUCAAAAUUGACAAUUUUGGAGCUCUCUCCUUCGGAUAACUCUUUUCGACCUCUCCUUACCUUGAGCGGUUCCAAGGUCACAGCGUCUACUGCAGCCACUGCCUCACUGUACACAUCCCUGCAUUCUUCUGUGCUAAUAACUGGAUUGACGGACCCAACUUCCUCAUAUAACACUGGGUCAGCUUCGUCUACAGACGGUAGCGAGAGCCCUUCCACGAUAGAAGCUACGCCAGCAACAUCAUCUUACUAUCCACAGCCGUCAACCAAGUCUUUCGGCAGCGACAGCAGUCUAUUGACUACCUCGUCUGAUACCUUAGACCCAACAAUCUCCGUCAAAGUUUUGAGUAGCAAUACGGCAGUGCCUACUUUAUUGUCCCCGUUGGCUUCUCUGGUGACAGCACUCGAUAUCUCAUCAUCAACACAUACUACCAGUAGCAUUAAUGCAGGGUUUACCGAAUACUACGAUCCAUCAAUGCCUGCAUACGGUAAUGUUUUUACUGUCAGCGCUUCCUCUGUUGGGAAUAAUGUUGGAGUCUCUGUCACUAGUACUUCUGCCGAAUCUUCUGUAACCUCCGGACUUUUCGCAGCAAUUACUUCCCGUAGUCUUGGAAGUGUUCCCACGGCGAAGGACUCUUUUUCGCUUCCCUCAUUCACAACAACGUCAGAUCCAAAUGACCCUUUGGCAUCAUCUGUAAGAAGCUUCCCAGAGGCAUCGACAGUGUUCUCACUUACUGCAUUUCAAGAUCCGCCAACAAUCGCUAUUAGCUUUGCGAGUGAUUCCAUAUCUUCAGGCAAGCUAUUGUCUACUUUGGUAGCGUCAGCAGCUACCAACCCUACUACGCUAGUUUCACUACAAACGAAUUGUAACCGUGAUAAUUGCUUCCGACAACUGAACCGCGCUUCUAUUUUCGGCCAGCAAUUUUGCGCUUCAUAUACAGCAACCCAAAAUACCGCAACAACCGAAUUCCCAACUUUUGUAUCUGUUUGUGGUAACAAUCCAACGAAGGUGUCAUCAGCAUGCUCAUGUGUAGAAACUGGUUCAGGGUUUCCAACGUCGGUUUUCAGCAAUGACGGAACAAUAACAGACCCAUCGAGCAGAACAAUAAGUACAAGCACAUCCUACUCAGACCUAGAGACCUUUCCCACAGUGGUCCUUACAUCAUUGCUAGACGUCUCUGAGACUACGUUCACAGUAAUUCCUACUUCGGCGCCAACGACUGCCGCAACCACUGAUGUCACAGUAAGCUCAUCUAUCUUCACAUCAAAACAUAUUUCGAUAUCAAGUACUGUCCCGUAUCCAAUGUUCAACUCUUCGGUAAUCACUGGGCCCACUGCUCUUGGGAAUCUCACGACAUUGUCCCAACGAGCUCGAUCGACUGUCACUCGUACCUCCACCAUUACAGUGCCAGCAAACACACUUUUAUCUACAUUUGAUACACCAUCAUCUACGUUUGACAGUGAUAUAGAACUAUCAGCAAGUGCCAUUUCAACCGGCUCAGAGAUUUUUAUUUCUUUCAGCGAGUCUGGCAGCGCAACGGGGUCCAGCAAAGAUUCACCGACAUCAUACGCCAUAUUUAACCCAUCAAUUGACUUGGUCUCCUUUUCAUUUGGAACAGUUCUGUCACACCCUGCUCCCGGUAGUAUUGGCUUUUCAACAAUAGUAUAUCCAUCACCAUCCAGAUCAUACCCAGUCUCAGAUACCACACCGCUUGGAUCUCCGAUGUCAAGAGAUCCAGAUUUAUCUUCAGUGCAGGAUGUCAACUCAGCAAAAGUGCAGUCUACCACUACAUCAGUAAUAUACUCUCCGUUUUCGAACACGCCCUAUUCUGCACAGCCUAGCGAGACUGCCACUUACCCAAGUCCUGUUGAUACAACUGUUGGGGGAAAUAGUGGUACAUCGGUCACUCGAGUCCCGUAUCCAUGUAACUCGUCUGCUGUAUAUGGCGGUACUGGUACUCCUUAUGAUCCCACGACAGGAUUUUCUACCGGGAUCAGUUUAGCAGACGGGUCUUUGACAUCUUCAGCUACAUACCUUCUGGUCAACACUACGGUCAUUACGUCGCUGACUUUUUCAAUUGAAAUUGGCUCGCCAACAACGGACUUUUCUGCUCCGAAUACUGGGUCGAUCUCAACAACCUUCGCAACAGGAAACAUCACAUCAGAGAGCUUCGCAACAGGCACGAGUAUAGAAAACACUCUUGGUACUCUUAGUACAGGGGGGCUUUCAUCGUCGGGCGUAUCAAUGACUCUGUACCUGGGUAACAGCACAUCAUCUCCUACUAGCGAUCCAAAUCUGAGCACAUCGGUGUCCGGUAACAGUGGAAUCUCAACAACGUCGGCUUCUGAUCCGGACCCUUCAACUACGGAGCAGAAGCCUUCCUCGAGCGAAAGAACUUUUUCGGCCUCUAUAUAUCCGCAAUCUGUUUCGACACCUCCAUGCUCCAACAUUUGCACUACUUCCUCCAAUCUAGACCCAUCUAAUUCUUUUGGGCCAUUGUCAAGAUCGACAAGUGCUUCACAGGGUGCAAGCAAUUUCUCAACUUUGAUCUCUGGUGUUAGUGGCGUAACCACUUCUAGGGAGCUUCAAGGCUCAUUUACCACGACACCAACCGUUGCUCCAAGUGUUACGUUUUCCACAUCUCAAACUGAGGUCAUACAAACAAGUUCAUCUGAUCAAACCUUUGGUACACAGUCUUUCCCUUCUGACACUACUUGCACCGAGAAUCCCGGUGGUUCUACCUCAAGAUUAAUCCAAACCAUUAGCUCCGCUGGUCCAAUAUCUAAGACAACUGCAAAAAGCGUCUUAAUCCCAUCGACGUUCGUCACCAUGACAGGCUCGGCGCCGGUAGAAAGUUCGGCAGGCGUCCAUGAUUCUACCAGUUCUUAUGAAGGAUCGACAUCGGUAUCUAAUAUUUCAGGUGGUGAAACCUCAUCUCCCUCUCUCACAACCUCCACAUCCAUAUCGUCGUCGCCGCCCCCGACUUACUCUUUCCCUCCAAGCUAUAAUCCUGACCCGUAUCAAUCGCCAUCGUAUGGUCCGUCACCUGAUGACAAACCAACUUUGGAAGACAUGAUCGCCGCGUGGAUUGCAAAGUUAGAGGCAGAAAAGGAUGCCGAAGAAGCCAUGAUUCACUAA